AUGAGCUCAGUUCCACCAUGCGCAUCGAUCAAGAAUGGGGAAGUCGUCAAGAUCGAAUGCUUGGACUGGACCGGCGGACAGAUUAAAAAUAACGAUUCCGCCGACGACAUGCGUGAUAUCGACUUGACUCGCGUGCAUUAUCUGACGGGCCCCUUUGAGAUCGAAACUGCGGAACCAGGCGACGUGCUACUAGUGGAGAUUCAGGACGUCCAGCCAUUCCAGGACCAGCCAUGGGGGUUCACGGGCAUCUUUGAUGCGAAGAAUGGAGGCGGGUUUCUGGACGAGUUCUAUCCCAAUGCCGCAAAAGCAAUUUGGGAUUUUGAGGGCAUAUUCUGCUCGUCUCGCCACAUCCCGCAUGUCCGCUUUGCUGGAUUGAUCCACCCAGGGAUCCUGGGUUGUGCCCCGUCGGCCGAGGUCCUAGCUGAAUGGAACAGGCGCGAAGGUGAUCUCCUCUCGGCCAAUGCGGGUUCCGUAAAGGUUGUGGCUAAGCCACCUGAGCCAAUCAAUGUGCACGCAGGCAGUGCUAGUGAUGCCAUCAAAGCGAAAGUGGGCAGGGAGGGAGCGAGAACCAUUCCUGGCCGGCCCGAGCACGGUGGAAACUGCGACAUCAAAAACCUCAGCAGGGGGAGUAAGGUGUAUCUCCCCGUCCAUGUGAAGGGCGCCAAAUUCUCCGUAGGCGACCUCCAUUUCUCGCAGGGUGACGGCGAAAUCUCCUUCUGCGGUGCCAUCGAGAUGGCUGGCGUCAUCACCAUAAAAUUCAACGUCAUCAAGAACGGCAUGGCGCACAUGGGAAUGAAGUCGCCCAUCUUCCACCCGGGACCAGUGGAGCCACAGUUCAGCCCUGGCCGCUACUUGACCUUCGAGGGUUUCAGUGUCGAUCACCACGGCAAACAGCAUUUCCUGGAUGCCACGGUUGCGUAUCGUGAAACUUGCAUGCGUGUCAUCGAGUACCUGCGCCGCUAUGGCUAUGAUGAUUACCAGAUUUAUUUGCUGCUGAGUUGUGCGCCUGUGCAAGGGCAUAUUGCAGGCUUGGUGGAUAUUCCAAAUGCGUGCACGACACUGGGGGUGCCCAUGGAUAUUUUUGAUUUUGAUAUUCGGCCUGAGUCGAAGGUGGUGAAGAUGGACAUGGGCAGCUGUGCGUAUACAAGUGAUAGAAUGAAGUAG